AUCAGGUCUUGUCAGGUCACAGAGUGUUUUGCUGCAGCUCAUGUUCAUGUUCAGCCUUUUUCUUGUUAUGUUUGCAUGCUCCUGUUCAGUUUCAUGUUAAUGUCCCAUGUUAUCAUUUUCAUAGUUAGCCAAAGUUUUUCCCAGUCUAGGUUUCAGUUUAGUUUCACCCUUGUUUCGCCUCGCCUUGCUUUUCUGGCUCGCUUUUUCUUUAAACACCAGUUCAUUUCUCCCAUGUCUGUGUUUUAGCGGUAACUCAGCAGUAUUCCACCAUCACUGUCAAGACUGGAGAGAAAGUCACUCUGCCUUGUGAAAAUCGAAAAGAUUUUCAAGAUAACUGUCAGAGUACUACCUGGAGCUUCAGUGUUUCAGGAAACGCAGCAAGCUGGCCGAUGUUUGGAGAUGAGACGGAGCGCAAAAUCACCAGAGCGAAAUUUGACAGACAAAGUCUUUCAGCAAACUGUUCUGUGGUUAUAAAGAAAGUCACAUAUGAGGAUGUUGGCCGUUACACCUGCAGACAGUUCAGAUCAGGACAAGAAGUCACACACUCGCUGGUUGAUCUGUUUGUUAUUACCGUGAGAAAUGCAACUUCCAGCUCCAACAUCACUGUCAGAGUUGGGGAUGAAGUCACUUUGCCUUGUAAAACUGGAAAUGAUUUUUAUUAUAAAUGUCCUCCUCCUCCUCCUCCUACUACUACUACUUGGAUCUUUAGUGAUUCAGGAAGCAAAACAGCAGUAACACUGUCUGAUAAUAGUCAGGUUCAUAAAAGCCUCGGUGCCAUGUCUGACAAACUGAGUGUUACAGCAAACUGUUCUCUGGUUAUAAAGGAGGUCACACAUGAAGAUGCUGGCUCUUACACCUGCAUACAGUUCAUAUCUGGUAAAAAUGUGACAGACUAUCAGGUUGACUUGUUUGUUAUUACCAUGGUACCUCAGCAAAUUUCAGAAAUUAAGGUCCGACUUGGAGUGAGAAACAUUACAACAACAAGAAUUGCAUCUACAAUAAUAACACAAUUAGCACCAGCAGGGACAACUACAUCCGCAACCCCUACAUCAAACACAGCUGCAACCACUCAAAAAUCAACCCCAGAAACAGAAGAAACUACAGGUUGCUGGGUGAAAUUUAUUGUGGUUAUUGUGGGUUUAGCAGCUCUUUCAGUCACUGUUGUAUCUGUCAACAUAUGGACAAAAACAAAAGGUUACAAAUCAUCUCCGGCCAAGACUGACCACAAUGAGACCAAUGAUGGCGAGAUAUACUAUGAAACUGAAGACCGUCCAGCUUAAGUUCUGCUCUACAGACAGCAGCUGAAAUUGGUCUUUGUAUCAUCAACUAAGAAAACAGACCAUUUUAUUGUUUAUUAUUAUUAUUAUUUAUUUAUUUUCAUGUUUUUCAUGUUUGUCAAUAAUUUAAUAUUUAUUUUUUCGGGUAACAUUAAAUGAAGUUUUACUUCACUGUUGUUCUUAGUGACAGUUCAGGAAUAGGAACUUAUUAUCAGUUCCUAUUUUAAAUUUCCUUUUUAUUUAACUAUUUUGCACUACUGAGAGACAACAGUUUCCUUGUACGCUUGUUAAUAUAAUGACA